CAAAAUGGACGGCAACAAAGAUGAGGCCCUGAAAUGCCAUAGACUUGCCGAGAAAUAUCUCAAAGAAGGGAACAAGGAGAGAGCUUUUAAAUUUCUCCAUAAGGCGCAGAAGCUUUAUCCAUCGAAAGAAGUCGAAGAUUUAAUUGAAAGGUUGUCAAAGAAUGGUAUGUCCUCCGGAACCAAACAUGAUACCAGGGAUGAAAAUUUACGUCACAGAGCUACAAAUGGCAGAACCAACCACAGUGCUCCAGAGGAGAAAAAUUAUACACCAGAACAGGUGGAGGCUGUCAAAAAGAUCAAAAAGUGUAAAGAUUACUAUGAGAUCUUGGGAGUUAAUAAAGAAGCCGCAGAACCUGAAAUGAAGAAAGCAUACAAGAAACUUGCGCUGCAAUUUCACCCAGACAAGAAUAGAGCACCAGGGGCAUCUGAGGCAUUCAAAGCUGAUAUUACUCCAGAAGAAUUAUUCAAUAUGUUCUUUGGUGGGUUCAGUGGAAUGUCUGGAGGUCGCGUGUAUAUGCAGAGAAGACAUAAUCAUGGUAGGCGCCACAGGCCUCAGCAGUUUCAUGAAGAGGAAGAAAAUGAGCCAGUAAGUCAAUGUAGAUGGACAAAGCAAAGUUCCUAUUAUAUUCAAAGAGAAACACCCAGACGCAGGAUUCCGUUUUAUGUUCAGGAAGGAUUCGAAGAUCAAUACCAAAAUAAAAUUCAUGCGAUAGAAAGAAGAGUAGAAGAGGACUACAUAGGCCGGCUCCAGUCUCAGUGCUUUAGAGAAAGACAAUAUAGAGAAGAAGUGCGAGCUCGUGCCCGGUUUUGGCGAGAUCAGGCUCUACUGGAUCGAGCAAAUGGGAUGCAAAUGAAAUCUUGUGAUUCGCUGGAAAAAAUAGCAGCUGCAGGAUAAAGUAUUCGCUAAACUGUCAAAUCUGUUCAUUUGUAAUCAAUGAAACCUUGUGAUUCGCUGGAAAAAUAGCAGCUGCAGGAUAAAGCAGUCGCUUAACGGUCAGAUCUGUUCAUUUAUAAUCAAGGCUUAAAUUACUUUUUCCUUUUUGCCGGUGUGGUCGGUUUUUACUAAACAGCAACCAACUUCAAUAAAGUUAAGUUGGUGUCCCUGGAGAUAGUUUUGGGAAACUGCUAUUCCCAAAAUGUUGAUAUCUGAAACCCUCAGAGCCAUAAAUGAACUGCAAAUUAAGGAAACGGUACUUUUUAAAUAUUGUAACAUAACGAAAUUAGUUUUAGGUCAAGUCUGCGUUCACAGCAUCCUCGGAGACCCAGGGGCUGUGGGUCGAUUUCAAGUUAGGGCAUGAAGAGCCCCUGGGGACAUUGUGUGACAA